UAGUCUAUCACACUGCUGCCACCUAAAACUGCAUAAUCUUCAGAAGAGUUCCCAUUGUGUCAAAUUAUACACCUCUUUGAUAGCAUUACGGACAAUUAAUUAUAAGGAAUUAAUAAAGCAAGUGUCUAUUUUAUCCAGGUAGGAAUUCGAAGGUUAAACUCAGCUUUCUUUGGUAGCGCGUUAACCUUCACCGUCCACUAAGUUAUUUUGAAAUUAUAGGUAUAAGAUUACAUUAUCAGCAAUGAUUAUUCGUAUACAGUUGCAAACUAUUGAAUUGGACUAUCUUGUAGUAGGUGCCAACUUUGUUUUUAAAACUUAGCAUACUGCAUCAAAAGCAUUUUAAUGAACUUCAGACAUUUUCUUGAUGCAGCUGCUGUAUACUACUAAGUCAACCACACCCUCAAUGUAUAUCUGACGUUUAAUAACGUGCACGGCAUUUGCGUUAAAACGUUAAAACGUGCGUUUUAAUAAUUAAUUUUACGUCCGGUACGACCUUCAAGCAUUGCUUCCAACAGCUAGCUUCCAGCGUGAAACGAAGCGUGUUUACUCGACUGCCCGGUUUCAAAUCCAGACUACCUUGCGUAUCUCUAAGCCUAAUAGAUAAACACGUAACCAACGCACCAUUUAUAGUCUGCUAAGUUAUUCACAUCUGUUCACCCGCACUACCCUUUCCCGAGCAGCCAGCCUGUUUGAAUAGCCCGCCUUUUCCCGGAGCGCCGUUAAUAUUGCUCCGCGGAGCAGACCCUCCCGCUGAUUUGAAAUGGCGCGAGCGGCCUCGGCAGCUCACAUACAGGCUGGAUAAAGCUCGUACGAAUCACGACUAGCAAGCGCGUCCUCUCAAAAUUUGUCGGACAAAAGGUCGAUUCAGUCCAGUCAUUUAUGUGCAAAAUCUCUUCGCGUGCCAAGGACUAGUGCCGUGGCCAACAUUGCCGAGAUGGGUGUUUAAGAGGAACGCUUUUAGGUGCAGUGCAACACACCUAACAAAGUGCCUGCUAAAGUUCAUAGGCCUUUAAUCUACCGACACUGGUCAAAACCAUGAAUUCAACAUCCUCAAUGAUGAUGUUAGACGAUUUUGACGACAGCAGCUACGACGACGAAAGUUUUCGGAACGUGUCGAGCUCGAGUACUAACAAAAGCAAGAAUUCAGCUCGUUGGACAAAAGAGGAAGAUGAACUUCUGAAGCAGCUCGUGCAGUCUAUAGGUCAAAAUCGUGAUUGGGCUGUUAUUGCUUCACAUUUCUCGGAUCGGUCGGACGUUCAGUGCCAGCAGCGAUGGCAUAAGGUCGUCAAUCCGGAACUUGUCAAGGGCUCCUGGUCGAAAGAAGAAGACGAGAAAGUUGUAGAACUUGUUAAAAAGUACGGACCGAAACGCUGGACCGUAAUCGCCAAACACCUUAAAGGUCGAAUCGGCAAGCAAUGUCGAGAGCGAUGGCACAACCAUCUUAAUCCGAACAUUAAAAAGAGCGCGUGGACACGUGAGGAAGAGCAUGCGAUUAUCCAGUACCAUUCGCAGCUGGGCAAUCAAUGGGCGCGUAUCGCCAAAUUGUUGCCAGGUCGGACCGAUAACGCUAUUAAAAAUCAUUGGAAUUCGACACUGAAAAAACGCGUCGAAGGUGGUGAGAAUUCGCGGUCAUCUAAGCGAAAAUCUCAGUCGAAACGUCAAAAUUUAGGCGAACUUGGCAUGGGAACAAAUUCGGGGCCGUGUGACGCCAGCUUGUCAGGAAAUACGUCAUCGAUGGUUUUGCAGGAUACAACAAAUCUCCAGAAAGCGGAGACGUUGGACGAGUUCUAUCCUACAUCUUCGACAGAUUCAAUGCAGCCGGUAUGGCAGCAGGAUGACUUCUUUAACGUGAACAACACAAAUAUGGGCGGACUUCCAAGAUGUGGAAUGGGCGUCAAGAUGGACGAACACGGACAACGAAUGGCAACUUCUACAGCCGUGAUGAGUACUGCUUGUUAUCCAUCGCCGUCGCCGGCUAAAAGUGAUGACGUGAACCACAUGCUUUCGCCCCUGAAUGAUAUCAAAGUUGAAGAGCUACAGGAUAUGGAGGAGGACUACAAUGAGAAUAAUCAGGAUAACAUGAUUUCACCUUACGCACAGCAAUACGAUUUGCGACCCACAAUGCGUAAAGAACACCAGAGCUACCUGAUGGCAGAUAACCUUCCUCAACGGUGCCUUCAAACGCCUCCCAUUCUCAAACGGCGAAGACCGACUCAACUCGAUGAAACGACUUCGAUAUCUGGCAAUAACGCAGCCCCCGUCUUACCCACUUCACAAGUGACACUUCGGCCCGGUGGUUAUGUUAAAUACGACAUACCAAUGCCAACGUCGUGUACGUUUUCACCCUCACAAUUCCUCAAGCAGCCGCAAACGCCGUCCUCUUCCGGGCCGCCUCUGGACACGUCCGUGUUAUCGUCUCCCCCUAGCCCAUCUGCGAUGCUGUGCUCAACGCCUAAAACUGCCCCCCAGCCACGGACACCGUCAAAACGAGAUAACGCUACUACUCCCCGAACGCCGACACCUUUUAAGCGAGCGCUGGCUGAAAUUGAAAAGAAGAGGACGAACACAGGGCCGACCCUUGACGAACUCGAUGACCUGAUCACACCUGUGGCAGGCCCUCAGGCAGUUUUUGUAGCCACUUGCAAUCAGCUUGGUCAGUCGGAAAAAGAGAACGGAUCCGUUCAUAGUGGCAAUGGCUCGUCAGGUGGGCCGGGUCCUCGUAAAGCUCGCAAAUCUUUGCAUCAAUCCUGGGCUAACGAGAAGCUUCCACCUGUUAAUGAAGACUAUCUUUAUCCAGAAACACCAAGCAAGACACUCAUUGGCGAUAGCUCCGUACAUUUUGCUCAUUCCCCACCUCAAAUACUGAGAGAAGCCUUGAUCGAAAGAAACCCGAACGUCGAUCUCGAUCACUGGUCAACCAACUCAAGUACUAUGCAAAGUCAUGGAAAUUCGAUGAUUCAACAACACAAGUACAAGAAGCGACUCGAGCCGCUGAUUGCUGCCUCGCAGGAAAACAUUGCCAAUGCACCCUUCGGCGCUGUGCUAACCGGCAAAACACGGGACCAGCUCGCGCUGACGGAACAAGCUCUUUACUACAUGCAUAGAAAACCACCAAGACCGCUUGACCUCUGAGCAGCGCCUUCAAUCAUGCUACGCAAAGAAGCUCCAGCGAACAUUUUUAGAGGCUUUUAGCCAGACGUAUACACAAAAUCAACUAGCAACUAAAGAUCAAUUGUCCAGUUAACGGUAUUGGGUCAGCUAUCGAAAAUGGAGCUGUUCAUUCGACGAUAUUCAUGGGUCGAUAGCCGAGCUAGUUUUCCAGUGCUGCUUGCAGGAAGUCGUACGAUAUCGUUAAGUGUAGACUUUCAGAUGGAAGGGGAAACACCGAAUGGACCCCAAAGCGUGCUUUUCCAAAAGAUCACUCCUAUGGAGUGACUAUUGCGCAAUUCCCCUUCAAUUUCAACAUACACCUUCCACCUUGAGUAUAUUCUACAUAUAUAUAUAUAUAUAUAAUUAAUGAAAAGCUGCACCGAUGAGCAGUAAGACGGAGGACCGAAUAUCAUGGACGAGCAAUUCUCCUGUGUAACUUUUUUUAUGGAGGGUUCAAAGGUGGCUAAAUCAAUUCAACGUUGGCAAAUCGUCAUAAUGAGCAUAAUUAGGAUCUUUGCCUACGACACGCUUCUGCAUGGUGUCGUUGAUGCUGCAUUAGUCCGUGUACAAAGUAUAUGUCGAAGUUGUGUUUCUUUCACAAAGGAAACAAAAGGAAUUCGAGACCUACUCGAAAAACACACAGAGCACGGUAGAACAUGUCUACAGACCUUUGCUAGGAUUUGGACCUGUUGACAGUUUCGCUGUAUAUUGUGAACAAGUGAAUUUGCUGCGAAGCAAAGGCAGCCUAGUUUUGUAUCAGUUAGUUACAUAGUAAGCCGGUCCGUUUGUUUAAUAUCUGCUAGUUUUAUUUUUGUUGUUGUACCUUCUCCGGGCCAAACCUAGCAAGGGCAGACGUACUUCUGCCACGGUGGUUUUACAACCCAAUGAGCACUAAGUCACAGAAAACUAUUGUUACCCUUUACGUAGAACUUCUGCAUUGCUUUAUUACGUAAACAAAUAAUAAAUAACUGUUAAUUUGAGAAAAAGGAGAAUUGCGAUGGUAAUAAUAGUAGUAAUAACCAUAAAAGUAUCAUAUCCCUGUGCUAUAUACCGUGAUACGGGAGCGUGCGUUAAAGAGCGGCGCGAUUAAUGUCGAUGACAAAAUUUUUGUUUGGAAUAGCGUGGCGUCAGAUACGAUGACGCUGUCCGUCGGAUUCUAACAAACGGAGCUUAUUUCGCUGGCCUCCAUAUAUCAACAUAAAAUUCUUACUCUGCUUUUGGUUACUCGACCACAAAAACAUAGCGCAGUUAAGUGGGAAUAACGUCCGAUCUCCCGUCAGAAUCGAAAUGUAAGAUCCGAUUCAGAAUCAAGUCAAUAAUAAUUUUGGCGAUAAUGCCGAUCUGCUGUAACUCUGACAUAGGAUCUAUGCUGCAGCGGCUAUGUGCUAAAAUCUAUGGGAUCCCAGCACAGAACGAAGCAUAAUGUGCUGGCAGAAAAAUGCAAACUCGGUGAUCUGAUCAAUAGCGCCACGCGGCCGUAUAGGAUGUUGUGCAGUUUGCGGUCGUGACGCUCAAUCAAUAACGUAUGUAUACAACGUAAGAAUAUAGAAACGACCAACGUGAAUGCUGGCGUUUGAUUGUGGUUUGAUUGUUAUUAUAUAAUGAACACAUCAGAUGACUAUAUAUAAAUAUCUUUAUAUUAUAAUUUUGAAAACGUUUUCUUCCUGUAUACACGUGGUACAUAUUUUUAUCUACACGAGGAAUAUAUGCACGAUGAUAAAUGUUCACGCGAUGUCAUCGGUCACAACUUAAAGUGAGUUUAUGUUGUUCUGAACACUGUUUGAUGUUUGCGUAUAAAAGUAAAGCAAGGGAAUGAAUAUGUCUUGUAUAGGACGUAUUGAGACGUACUUUAUUUCUGUCGAUGACAAUAAUAUGACAGAAGGCAACAUCAGUAUUAGAUGGGGAAGUUGCACAAAACACACUUAAGAAAGGCUAGACGAAAACACAUUCUUAGUGAGUGCUUUUAAUUAAAAUAAUUAUGGGUGGCGGACAAGACCUGCAGGAAAUGCUCGCAAAAAUAUUUCCUGAAAGUAGCGUAUACGAAUAAUCUUAUUAUUAUAACAAGCAUAAUAAUUAUUAUCAUUA